AUCACACUAAAUUCACUCCCUCGGUCAUCCAAGAUAAUAUUCACCGACGCGAUCAACAAACCUUCUCGUGCCACAUGCUACAGCGAUGGCUUGUUAUUUUAGUGACCCUGAACCCCUCCCUGUCAUUAGCGUCCGUAACGUCUCUUCUCUUGUCGCUGCCUCUCAAUCUACCUUGUCGCACAUUUCAUAUGAUCUCAAUUCAAUUCAUUCCGUCCUGACACCCUUUCGUCGACUUGGAGAGGGUCGGCUGAAGAUACACAAUGGCUGCAACGACAGCAGCUGGAGUCAAUCAUGUUAGCACAGAGUCCAACGGUGCCACGGAGAUGAAUGAAGAGGCAGCCGACGUCAUUAAUGGACACGCGCGCGCAGCCACUGGAUCCGACGAUACCGCAGCACCUGAGAAGAAUGUGCCAAAGAAACAGCCCAGCAAACUCGCCCAGGGAUGGAAAAAAUUGGGGUUGGAUUUACCAACCGUUAUGAUGAUGAUGAAGGCUGCGCUCCCGCCAACGAUUGCAAUGGCGGCAUACCAGGCAAAUAGUUUUGCCAGAAUUUACACGACGCUUGGAUACCUCGUGGCAGUCAUUUCCAUUCUCGGAUUUUGUAUCAUGCCCCGAGCCAAAUUUAUACAGACAAUGUGUUUGAACGUUCUGGGUACCUGCAUUGGGGCUGCAAUCAAUUUACUCUCAUUAUGGACCGGUAUAAAGGCCCGCGAAAACACGACGAAGGCCGAUGCUCCCCCCCAAGCAUACAACUCAUCGCAGUCUGCCGUUCUUGCUGUCUGGCUUUUCUUCCAGAUAUGGCUCGUCAAUACUAUGAAAAGCAAAUUCCCCCAAAUGGUUUUCCCCACCAUCGUCUACGCCAUCUUCGCGAUGGUUUCAGCAACUUAUGGACCGCAGUUCCGGACGAUGGUGCAGGUGGAAAGUUUCAUGAAGCGGCUCCUGGAAGCCUUCCUGACCGCGUUUGCAAUCGCUACUGGUGUCUCGUUGUUCAUAUUUCCCGUCACUUCUCGAAAAGUCGUGAAGAAAGAAAUCACCGCUUAUAUUGGAGCGCUGAGAGGUGCUUUAUCGGCUCAUAAGACAUAUCUUCAGAGUCUCGAAACUGCGGAUGUAUUCAAUCAGAUCAAACCGCAGUACACAAACACGCCAAACAAAGCGAAGAAAGCGGCACCAGAAGUCGAGGCGGUAAAGGCAAUCACAGCCACAUUCUCUCAACUCCAUGGGAAGUUGAGCGGUGAUCUACCCUUCGCCAAACGUGAAAUAGCCUAUGGAAAGCUCUCUCCUGAUGAUUACGAAGCGAUAUCCAAACAUUUGCGGGCUAUCAUGCUGCCGUUGGUAGGAUUGGGGUCCUUGGUUGAUCUCUUUGACCGGCAAGCGAAGAUGAACAAUUGGGAAAGCGACGACUCGGACGAUGUGGAUCCAGAGCAGGAGGCACAGAGGAGAACAGCAGUAGGAAACUGGAACAAAACGAUGAAGGCUGCCCACGAACCUUUCGAGAGAAUCAUUUCCGGCAUGGACCGCGGUCUACAUCAUGUUCUUCUCCGACUUCAACUGAUCCCAACACCGAAGAAGAAGGCUGCUAAGAACACCGAUGAGGAGGCGAAGGGCGAUUUGGUCGAACCUGGACACGAAGGCUUCGCUGCACUUCUUGAAGAUCAAUUCAACGGCUUUUAUAAGGAAAGGGAGACCACCCUGAAGCGCUGGGUUGAAAGUAGGGGCAUCGCAGUUGGGCCAGACUUUUUCCACAGCUCUGAGGCGUCGGAACCAGAUCUUGAGCUACUCAAAAGGGAGCCAACGCUACUCCACCAGAGUAACCAGCGCCAAUUAUAUCUCUUGCUCUACAUUAUCUAUCUCCUAUACGCCAUCAGCCGCGCCGUUAUGGACUUUGUAAAAUUUGCCGAUGAGCGAGACCAAGCAAAAGCAAAGAAACAUCUCAUCAACCCUGGAAAGAAACGACUGCGGAAAUGGCUCGUCAGUAUAUUCAGGACGCAAGAUUCCAACAAUGAGGAUGAAACGACCGCAGCAGGUCUCGAGAGAAAUAGCAACAUCGUCUAUAUGGGCGAGGCGUACAAGCGAAGGAAAGAUCCCGAGCAUCUACCUCCCGCGAACGCUUGGGAGAAGUUUGGCAACGCGGUACGAACCAUACCUGCAUUCUUACGAUCCCCAGACUCGGCGUUUGGAUUUCGCUGUGCGUGUGCCACGAUGUGCAUCGCUGUAACUGCUUACCUCCAUGACUCGGCGCGCUUCUUCAUUGAGCAAAGAUUGGUGUGGGCCAUGAUCAUGGUCGCCAUUUCCAUGACGCCAACGGCUGGCCAAAGUGUAGCCAGCUUCUUUUUAAGAAUCGUUGGAACAAUUAUUGCGAUGAUACUCGCCUGGCUCACUUGGUAUAUACCGGGCCAGCACACGGCGGGUAUCUUGGUCUUCCUCUGGGUUUUCGUCGGGCUGGGUUUCUACGUUAUCUUGAAGAGAAUGGAUUUGAUCAUCGCGGGCAUAAUCUCGGUGGUCACCAUAACUUUGAUUGUUGGUUACGAACUUGAAGUUCGAAAGAUUGGUAGAGCGCUUGCAGAGUCCAACGGACAACCGUACUACGAGAUCUACAAACUUGGACCGUAUCGGCUGGCGACUGUCCUUGGUGGACUUUUCGUUGCAUUCAUAUGGACAUUCUUUCCAUACCCAAUCAGCGAGCAUUCUGCGCUUCGACAAAAGCUAGGCGGCUCGCUGUAUCUUUCCGCGAACUACUACUCCAUCGUUCAUGAGACCGUCAUGGCGCGGAUCAGGGGCGACGAAGGCGAUGUAGCAGACCCUACAUCCCCAGGGUUUUUGCUCAACAAGGCCCGCAACAAAGUAUUCUCUAAGCAAAUGCUCCUUCUCCAGGGUUUGAGGCAGCACUCUGAGUUCGUCCGUUGGGAAUUUCCUCUAGGUGGCAAAUUUCCUAUCAAGGACUACAACAACAUCAUCAGGCUAGUUUCCAACAUCGUCAACUACACCUCCUUGAUAUCCUACGCCUCAACAUCCUUCACCAACCCAUGCAUAAUACGCCCCACAGAAGACGACGAUCCGUCCCGAACCCAAUGGUUCCGCGACUUCCGCCGCAUCAUCACCUCCGCGAAACUCACAUCCCACGAAAUCACCUCCAUGCUCUCCCUUCUCUCCUCCAGCAUCACAAACGGCCAGCCCUUGCCACCAUACCUCCAAGCGCCUCAAUCGUACCAACUCUCUCACCGCCUCGAAGCCACCGACAGCGAAGUACUGAGCCUGCGACAUAUUGCCGAGCCGGGAUACUCAGCGUUCGCGGUGCUGCAGAUCAGUACAAGUUGUAUUAACCAGGAUUUGGAGCAGCUUCUGCGCGCUGUGAAGAAAUUGGUCGGAGAGCUGGAUUUCUCGUUCCAUGUUACGAGUACCACUAUGCCGUCGCCCUCGACUUCCAGCGACACCUUGAUGCAGAAGAGCUCAAACAGCCGCAGCAAGCAAGAUUAAGGAUACUUCUGUUGUUGAUACGUUUUCUCGUAUUUGUUUUAAUCAUAUGCACAUACAAUGUUAUAGCGAGAAACGGCCAGACUGAUGAGUUGUAAAUAGCACCCUCUGCGCAUCUUGUAUCAUUAAAUUGGAUGUAAAUAUAGGCAGGCGAUCUUAGAAAGAAACAAAAGC